AUGUCUGAGUUACACAGUUUUUACAUAUUUUUUAAAACGAAAUCCAUAUAUCGCAGCUUGUACACCGAAGCUGCUAAAAGGGCAGUGACGAAUUGCAUUUCCCAUGGAUUUAAAGACAAUAGAAGUGACCAGUAUAAUCAGGAAUCCUCGUUUGAGGCGACCUCGUCCUUUGAAAAUUCCCACCUGCUGGGUCUAAAAGACCACCAGGAUUCGAACCUGGAGCUAUACGAUCUUCACGACUUAAACGCCAGUCUCCUCAGCAAGGCGCAGGGCAGGAAAUCGUCGAUCAGCGAUGAUUCUUUGCCAGAUGAUCUCAUCGCCAAGUCAACGGUUAAUUUGUACGACAGCAUAGAUGAAAACCUUCACAAAAACUACGAAAAGCUGCUGCUCGGAUUCUUAACGGGGCUGACGUCGUUUAGUAAGACCAUCUGCGAGACUAACGACCUGAGGGACCCCGAGGGGCUUUCGGUGGCACACUUUAACGUAUGUAGCACACACCAGUUUAAAAUACACUAUUUUGAGACGAUAACAGGCUACAAGCUGGUUUGUUUAACAUCCUGCGAUUUCCCGAACCUGGAGGAGACUUUGAAGUCGAUCUACGUUGACCUGCUCAACAACUUGGUUCUCGCGAACCCUACCUACGUGGUCGGAUCCUGCAUCACCUCCUCGGAGUUCGAGCUGAUAGUCAGAAGGACCAUACUGUCGUCAAUAUAA